ACAAAGGGGACAUUUGGGGGGGGUGGUUGGUGCUAUCCUGGUGGGAUUUUAUGGCCUCCGAAACUGUGAUAGCAGAAGCAUGCAGUUACGGGCAGGGGCGGACUGACAACUCAUGGGGCCCCCGGGUAAUAGGGGAUCAUGGGGCCCCUGUGUCCUUGCCCAAACUCAAAAAAGCCUAUGAAAAAGGUACCAGGGGCAUCUCAUGGGGCCCCUACUGACCCCGGGCCCUCGGGCAGUGCCCGAGUUUCCAAAUGGUCAGUCCGCCCCUGGUUAUGGGGCACUUGCA